CUUAAAUACAAAAUCAUCAAAAAAGUUUACAUCAGUGUUUGCGAUCAAAAUAUUCCGAUACAUGUGUGCGAAUGAUACCAUUUUUACGACACGAGUGGUUGAGUGGAAAAGUUUAAGUCGCGGGCAAUCCCUAUAGAAUUGCUAAAAAUAGAUUCCCAGCGUUGGGUCGACAGCACAACUCGUUUUGAUAAAACUUUCCAUAAGUUUCAUAAAUUUACACAUUUCUGUAACUAUAGCGAGCCGCGUCAAGAAAGAUGCAAAAAAGCAGUCAAACUAAUGUGAAAAUGGGAGAGAAGAUGUUAUGUGCGGGAACUGCCGCCUGUAUGGCCGAUAUCAUGACAUUUCCACUCGAUGUGGCAAAAGUUCGGUUACAAAUUGCUUCCUCAUCAGUGAAACAAUUGACUUCAAAUGUGCUGACACUUCAAGCCAGUGGAUUAGGUCCUCAAUAUAGUGGACUUUUGGGCACUUUGUUUGGAAUGGCCCGCAAUGAAGGUCUGAAGAGUCUUUACGGAGGAAUAGUACCCGGAUUACAACGACAGUGUGUGUUCGCUUCACUCAGAGUUGGUCUCUAUGAGCCGGUUAAGGAUAUGUACACAAAACACCUUAAUGUCGGUGAAAGUGCCACUUCUGUGAUGAUCAUCAGAAUAGCGUCUGGAAUUACCACGGGAGCAAUUGGCAUUAGUGUUGCCCAGCCGACAGAUGUGGUAAAAGUACGAAUGCAAGCCCAGAGUAGAGGAACUGGUGCUGUGAAGUACAGCAGCUCUAUUCAUGCCUAUCAGACAAUUUACAGGAGUGAAGGAAUUAGAGGACUGUGGAAAGGAUUGGGUCCUAAUAUACUCAGAAAUUCUGUGGUAAACGCUGCAGAACUUGUCUGUUACGAUACAAUCAAAGAAUUGCUUUUAAGUUACGGGAUAUUCAGAGAUGGACUUCCUUGUCAUUUUAGUGCCGCCUUUUCAGUCUGUCAGGCCAGACAGGCAGGCUUCCUUGGCUUUUAUAAAGGAUUUACGGCAUCAUUCAUGCGGAUGGGCUCUUGGAAUGUCUGUAUGUUUGUCACCUUCGAACAGCUCAAGAAAUUGAGCGCUCAGUUCAAUAGUGAACGACAAUCCAAUGCCAGCAAAACAAGUCUCGCAGUUUUGGCCCAAAAGGCAACUCUUUGA